GGGCGUGCACUUCCUGGUUGUGUAUGUCAACAAAGCUGAGAGUGAGCAGAAGUUUUAAGGCGACGUGUUUAACUCGCUUCUGUCUCCGCCACAAACAUGACUGACCGCGACCUCUCGGCGCUUCUUCUCCCGCUCUGCUCGCUCUUCGUGUCCGCAGCCGCGGACGCGGACGUAACCAAAACCACCGCCGUGACCAACUCCAGCGGCGUGAACUCGACGGUGAGCGGCGGCGCUGGAGGUCAGAGCCGCGGCGGACUGUUCGGCGGCCUCGACGUGGACAGCUCCAUGAUGCAGCGAGCGCUGUACGUCCUGAUCGGAUUCACCAUGAUCGGACUGCUCUACUUCCUCAUCCGAGCUGUGAGGCUGAAGAAGCCUCUGCAGAGGAAGAAAUAUGGUCUGUUGUUGAACGACUCAGUGGAGAUGGAGGCGGUGGAGAGUGAAGACGACGACAACGACACACUGUUUGAAGCUCGCAGCCUGCGCAGAUGAGUGUGACAUCAGACGAUGAGUUGGAGCAGGAGGCGAAGUCUGGUGUCAGCUGAUAUUGAUUAUUGAUCAGCAGAGAAAGAAAUGGACCAAAUAUUCUUGUUAUUGAUCGUAGUUAUUGAUCGUGAUGAAGCCAAAGCAGCAGCUGCUCCAUGAGUCAGCAGAUAAUCAAUAUUUUUUUAUAUCAAUGCAUUGAUCUGUUUUGUUUUGAACUCUGUGCUUGAACGACUCAUGUGAUCAGCUGGGCUCGCCGGAUGGAUUGAUGGAUGGAUGGAUGGAUUUAUUGAUUGAUUGAUCGUUAAAGGGAAAUUCCCACACAUUUGUUUCUGUUUGAGGAAAAUUAUUCUAUAAAAUGAUUUCCAUAACUCGUGGCUCCUCCCCUUUAGAGGAAACGGUCCCGCCCCCUGAGGACGUCACAACGCUGCAUUCACUGUGUCAUUUUUAUUCAUUUAUUAAAAAAAACAAAACAAAA